GAGAGCAGCGACCUCGUGGAUAUCUGAGUCUUCAGCAGCACAUCGAGAGAGACAGAGAGAGAAGCAGCUGACAGGACGACUCAGGAGAAAGAAAAGGAGGAAGGUGAAAAGGGGAAUUGGCAAACGUCCUGAAUCCCGACACCUCCCUGUGUGCGUGUCCACCCUCUAAAAACACAACAUUAUUUAUGAGAAUCAUCUAAAAAUAAUCAUAUCUUUGUCCGUCUUACUGGAAACUCAUCCCCAUAAUGAAACGUUUAUCUGGGUUAGAGUAAAGAUAGAAUUAACCGAGAUGCUAACGGAGCUAAACGUCACCACGAUGUUGAACUUCACGACCGCGCCCCCCGUUGGCGGAUGCCCUCCGGUCGGGAUCCAACUCGAGGGUCUCAUCCUGCCCCCCGUCCUCACCAUCGACGUCACCCUGGGGCUUCUGGGUAAUGCAGUUGCCCUGUGGAUCUUCUGCUUUAAGGUGAAGAAGUGGAACCCCAACACGCUGUUCCUCUUCAACCUGGUGAUCGCAGACUUCCUGGCGCUGAUCAGUCUCCCUCUCAGGAUCCACGCUCUGCUCGUCGGUCACUGGGUGUUCGGAGACGCCAUGUGUCGGAUCAACCUCUUCCUGAUGUUCUCCAACCGCUCAGCUAGCAUCGCACUGAUGACCGUGGUGGCCAUCUACCGCUACUUUAAGGUGGUCCCCCCUCACCACCGGGUGAACCUCAUGACGAGGCGUCAGGCUGCGUUUGUGUCUCUGAUCGUCUGGUUUCUGGUGAUCGGCCCCCGUGUUCCCAUGCUGGCCUUCAACCACAUCAAGAGGCGCGGCCAUCGCUCCCAGUGCUUCUUCUUCACCUCCUACAAGUUCUUCCUGCCGGCCGCCAUCUUGCUCUUCUGCUCCGUCAGGAUCCACAGCUUCCUGCGAGGACGACAGAUCGGGAACCCGGAGAAGGUGCGUAAGGCGAUGCGUGUGUGUGUGGCCAUCGUGCUGGUCUUCAUGCUGUGUUUCCUGCCCACCACCCUCUCCACCCUCGGGCUCUGGUUCAUCACCUCCUUCAGACCCUGGGACUGCGCCUCCUUCUACUCCUUCACCCAGAUCACCAUCGUGUCUCUGGGGAUGAACUUCCUGAACUCUGCUCUGGACCCCGUGGUCUACGUGUUCUCCAGCUCCACCUUCAGGAGGGCUCUGUGCGGCUCGCUGCCCAGGACCCUGCGCUGCUGCGGGGGGGAAGAGGAGGCCCCAUCAUCAUCAUCGGGAACUCAGAGCACCGUCCAGCAGGAACUGAAGACCAUCAGGAGCUGAAGUCCACCAGGGGAGGAGGAGGAGAAGCAGUGUAGAAUGCACCGUUUUACCACUUUUUGUGACAUUUUAAAAAUGGUUUUCUGAAAUUGUUUUUGGUUGUUAUCCUAAAUCUGAAUCUAUAACUUAAUGAUGAAUCUAAAUCUACAGCUUAAGCUUCAUGGAAGAUAUGAGAAAAGAGAGGUG